GAUGCCUUAGUCCUGCUGCGCAGCGUUGGAGGUCUCCCACGGUGCCUUAGUCCUGCUGCGCAGCGUUGGAGGUCUCCCACGAUGCCUUAGUCCUGCUGCGCAGCGUUGGAGGUCUCUCACGAUGCCUUAGUCCUGCUGCGCAGCGUUGGAGGUCUCCCACGGUGCCUUAGUCCUGCUGCGCAGCGUUGGAGGUCUCCCACGAUGCCUUAGUCCUGCUGCGCAGCGUUGGAGGUCUCCCACGGUGCCUUAGUCCUGCUGCUGUUCCUCUGCGUCUGUUGGUGGCGGAGCUCAUGUGAAACCUUCUGACGCUCCGGGAUCUCUGAUCUAUGUUCUAUGUUCUCUGAUCUGUUCUCUGUUCUUUGUUCUCUGUUCUUUGAUCUCUGUAUCUCUGUUCUUUGAUCUCUGUUUUUUGUUCUCUGUUCUUUGAUCUCUGUUCUCUGAUCUUUGUUCUGAUCUAUGUUCUUUGAUCUCUGUUAUUUGACCUCUGUUCUUUGUUCUGAUCUCUGUUCUUUGUUCUGAUCUUUGUUCUUGGAUCUGAUCUCUGUUCUUUGAUCUCUGUUCUUUGAUCUCUGUUCUUUGAUCUCUGUUCUCUGUUCUUUGAUCUCUGUUCUUUUUUCUCUGUUAUUUGUUCUCUGUUCUUUGUUCUCUGUUCUUUGAUCUAUUUUCUUUGAUCUAUUUUCUUUAAUCUCUGUUCUUCGUAUCAUCAUGUGAUCAAAUCAAACAUUCCUGUGUCUGCGUGUUCCGUUUAUUUAUUAGUUUGAUCCAUUACAGCUGGAACCAAAAACGGCCUUUUAGAUGCAAAGUCACCGCCUGCCUCCGGGUCUAGAGGACUAGACUAACACGGGAUGGGGAACCGGGUCUAGAGGACUAGACUAACACGGGAUGGGGAACCGGGUCUAGAGGACUAGACUAACACGGGAUGGGGGAACCGGGUCAGGCUACGGUCAAGUUUCACUGGGAAUGUUUUUUGCCUUCAAGACGGACUUCAGGUAUUAAUCUCUCAAGCGGACCGGACCCCCUCAAGCGGACCGGACCCCCUCAAGCGGACCAGACCCCCUCAAGCGGACCGGACCCCCUCAAGCGGACCGGACCCACAGGGUGCUAGUUUAGUCUUAAGAUCACGUCAACAUUCCAGCUGCUCGGACCCCUGACCCCACCGUGGUGCAUUCAGGGCGCCUGGGAUGUUUGUAGACGUGUCCACAGUCCUGGAUCUGGAUCGGUCCAAGUCCAGGACUGUGGAGGUCCGCGAGGACUUCAUCGGGGGCGGAGCGUUGGAAGUGAUGAGUUUAUUAAUGUCUGAGGUGACUUUUUCAGGUGACUUGAAUGCAUCGCAGCCGUGGGGGCGGGGCCAGUGGCAGUCUGGUUUUAUAUCUGAUGUUUGUUUUGAUUCGAUUGUUUGUGUCAAGAGAAAAAAAAAAGUAAAUGAUUAAAAAUCACUUUUUAUCUAAAACCGUGUCCCGUUGCUUCGAGAGGGGGGCGGGGCCUCCGGGUCCCUCGGGUGCUGCUUCCUGGGAACCUGCGGGUCCCUCUGGGCCCGGGUCCCUCUGGGCCGUCUGGUGGUUUAAUGGGACCAGCAGCGGUCAUGUGGUCUCCAUGGAAACGAGGCGUCAUGACACGCAGAGACGCUAUAAAGAGAGAGAGGAGCUGCACCCGCUGCAGACCUGCCGAGUCCUCCAGACCUGCCGAGACGUUCCGGUUCAACAGAUCCUUGAUGAUGAGACAGAGUCCAGUUCCCCAUGAGAAUCUGAGUGACGGUCCCCGUCCCCGGGUGGUCCGGGUCUCGUGCCGGCAGCAGAGCGUCUCGGGGGCGCUGGGCGUGCUGCGCCGCCUGGUCCCCACGCACCCCCCAGACCGGAAGCUCAACAAGAACCAGGUCCUGCGCCUUGCCCUCAGGUACAUCAGCUUCCUGGACCAGGUGCUGACGGACCAGGAGCCGAGGGGGGCGGGGCGCCGGGUCCGGGCCGGAAGCGUGGAGGAGGAGGAGGAGGAGGAGGAGGGGUACCAGACCUCCAGCUGUGAGGGCUCAGUGGACCUGGACUCAGACAGUCUGAGGGAGGAUCAGGACUGUGGCGGUCUGCUGCAGUACCUGCCAAGCAGCUACUGACCAGACCUGGUCCAGCCCGGUCCACCACGUUGGUCCAGGACUCUAGACCUGUGAUGUCACGUGAUAUUCACAACAUGUAUUCUGCCGACCCGGCAGCAGAACCAGAACCAGUUAUUUUCAUAUUGAAAGAACUUUUGGUGAUUUCAAAGUUUAAAUGUUUGUGACAACAAUUAAAUAAAAACAAUUAAAUCGA